UACAUUCCUGUCAAUGUCACCUGUAAUUUCAAGGUUUUUAUUCAAAACAAAAUGAAAAAAUUACAGGUUUAAUUUCGCCUCCGUUAUCCUUGAUAACAGUUAAGCACCCUUAAAGGGUGUAGUUCAAUAGAUUUAAUUAACAUCGUAUUUGAGUACAAAUGUUGAGACAAAUGCAGCAGAAGAUAAUUUUAAGCAUUAUUCGUAAUAUAUCAUCAAGUCCUAGGCUAUGCGCUAGCCAUUACGAUGUCCUCGGUGUUACGCCAAGAGCCACACAAAGUGAUAUUAAAUCAGCUUAUUACAGACUAUCCAAGUUAUAUCAUCCCGAUAUAUCAAGUGAUGAAACAUCUGCAAAGAAAUUUAGAUCUAUAACAGAGGCAUAUGAAGUGUUAGGAAAUAUUAAAUUAAAAAAAAUGUAUGACAAAGGUUUGCUAACUGGCAGAGAGAACACCAGUCGUAUGGACUAUACUCCGGACCCUGAACCAGACGAUCCAACGCUUAAGUUCUACAGAUCUCAUUCUAAACGACAAGUGACACCAUCUAUGGACGGUAGAAUGCCAAUUUAUGACUUUGAUGCUUGGUCAAAACAGCACUAUGGUGAUUUAUUACAAAAGUCCGUCUACGAAAAAGAAUUUCUUAGGAAAAAAGCAACAAAAGCUAGAGAAUUGCAGCAUGGGCAGCAUCAAGAAACUUUAUUUUACACUAUAUUCGGCAUUGCUUGUCUAUUCCUAUUUCUUGUCGUCUAUGGUCAGGAUGAUUAUGACAAAGAUCGUGUUGUUAAAAACACAAAAGACAUAGACAAAUAAAAAUCAAUUCACCAAACU